AUGGCGGAACAAGAGGUGGAUCUCGACUCUAUCAUAGAUAGACUUCUGGAAGUGCGGGGCAGCAGGCCUGGAAAGCAGGUUCAGCUCCUCGAGACGGAGAUCCGGUACCUGUGCACCAAGGCCCGUGAGAUUUUCAUCUCCCAGCCCAUUCUACUGGAGCUCGAGGCACCCAUAAAGAUUUGCGGCGAUAUUCACGGCCAAUACUACGACCUCCUGCGUCUGUUCGAGUACGGCGGCUUUCCUCCCGAAGCCAACUACCUCUUCCUUGGCGAUUACGUGGACAGAGGCAAGCAGUCCCUCGAGACCAUCUGCUUGCUUCUCGCCUACAAGAUCAAGUACCCCGAGAACUUCUUCAUCCUUCGCGGCAACCACGAGUGCGCCUCGAUCAACCGAAUCUACGGCUUCUACGAUGAGUGCAAGAGGCGGUACAACAUCAAGCUGUGGAAGACCUUCACUGACUGCUUCAAUUGCCUGCCGAUUGCCGCAAUCAUUGAUGAGAAGAUCUUCACCAUGCACGGUGGCCUGAGCCCGGAUCUGAACUCUAUGGAGCAGAUUCGCCGCGUCAUGAGACCGACCGACAUUCCCGACUGCGGCCUUCUCUGCGACCUGCUGUGGUCCGAUCCUGACAAGGACAUCACUGGCUGGAGCGAGAACGACAGAGGUGUCUCAUUCACAUUUGGCCCCGACGUCGUCUCGCGAUUCUUGCAGAAGCAUGACAUGGACCUCAUCUGUCGCGCUCACCAGGUCGUCGAAGACGGCUACGAGUUCUUCUCCAAGCGGCAGUUGGUCACGCUCUUCAGCGCUCCCAACUACUGCGGCGAGUUUGACAACGCUGGUGCCAUGAUGAGCGUCGACGAAAGUCUGCUCUGCUCGUUCCAGAUCCUGAAACCCGCCGAGAAGAAGCAAAAGUACGUCAGCAACCUGGGCUCAAACAGACCCAUCAUUCCUCGCCCAAAAGCAAAGUCCUAA